UAUAUAGACACUAACAAACAAGAAAGAUCUAGGAACUUGAAGCAUUGCUUUCUUCUUCCUAGGUCAUUACUAAAUCCUGUGUGUCCUGCAUUCUCAAUCUCAAGGCAGGCCAUACCAUAUCAGCAGCAGGCACAUGGCUUAACUUAAUACGAUGCAAACUCGCCAAACCGACCAACCAAAGCUUUUUAUUUCCUUGAUGAACCGACAAUUCAGCAGAUUCAUCCCCCCUCACCAGACAUCAAGAACACAAUGCACAUAAUGCAAAAUAAAUAAACAAUAAAAUAUUUUUUAAGAUCAAGUUCCAAGCUAGUUUAACCUGUCUUCAGGUGCCACUCUUCUCCUAUAAAAGGAAACCUAAAUCCAAGAGGUAAUCGGCAACAAAUCAAAUUGCAUUCAACUCAAAAAAUCCCAAGAUAGUCUUCUACUACUACUACUAUUAUAACUACAAAUUAAGCUUAGAAUGUCAGACCAAUAUCAACCUGAAACCACUGAGACCACUGCAACAGACCGCGGUCUCUUUGAUUGCUUUGGAAAGAAGGAAGAGAACCCGAAGGAAGAUGUGGCCAAGGCAGAGGCAGAAAAGCUGCAACGCUCAAACAGUAGCAGCUCUAGCUCAUCAGAGGAAGAGGUGGAGGAAGAUGGUGUGAAAAUAAAGAGGAAGAAGAAGAAGGGGCUGACAGACAAGAUAAAAGAAAAACUAGCUGGUCACAAAAAUGAAGAAGCUGCUGCCAUUCCAGUAAGUGAUUACGACAAUCAUCCUCCUCCUCAAGUUGCAGCUGUCAAUGCAGAAGCAACACACCCGGAGGAAAAGAAGGGUUUUCUAGAGAAGAUUAAAGAGAAGUUGCCAGGGCAUCACAAGGAUGAAGCAGUUUCACCUCAACCUCCAAUUGCGGCUCACUGUGGGCCUGAUGGACAAUGUGGUGGAUCACACGAAGCUCAGGAGAAGAAAGGAUUCUUCGAGAUGAUCAAAGAAAAGCUUCCUGGUGGGAAUAAGGAUUGUGAAGAGGUCAAGAAAGAUCAUUGAUUGAUUGAUCAUCCACUUGGUAGUUUAAUUUCCUGUUAUUACUACUAUGUUCUAGAGUGUGUCAAGUGUUAAGCCUUGUAUUCUGCAGUCUUUUCCCAGCUUUCUGUGUUUUGGUAUCACCUGUACUUGUUUCAUUGUUUCAUAUUGAUUGCCAUAUCUUUCUGUUUAA